AUGAAGUUUUUCAUUGAUGACCUGCCCGUUCUCUUUCCCUAUCCUCGUAUAUACCCCGAGCAAUAUGCCUACAUGUGUGAUCUCAAGAAGACCCUCGAUGCCGGGGGUCACUGUGUUCUUGAGAUGCCUUCGGGUACCGGAAAGACAGUGUCCCUAUUGUCGCUGAUUGUCGCGUACCAGCUUCACUACCCGGAACAUAGAAAGCUCAUCUAUUGUUCGCGAACUAUGUCCGAGAUCGAAAAGGCGCUGGCUGAGUUGAAAGCGCUGAUGAAAUUCCGCGCCAAGGAACUUGGAUAUACUGAGGACUUUCGUGCUCUGGGUCUGACCAGUCGGAAAAACUUGUGUCUACAUCCUUCGGUCAAGAGAGAAAAGAGUGGCACCGUGGUCGACGCAAGAUGUCGGAGUUUAACCGCAGGAUUUGUCAAAGAAAAGAAAGAGAGGGGUGAGGAUGUUGAGCUCUGCACAUAUCAUGAGAAUCUCGACCUCCUCGAACCGCAUAACCUUGUUCCUCCGGGCGUCUUCACUCUCGAUGGCCUUAUCAAAUAUGGCGAGCAGCAUAAACAAUGCCCCUAUUUCUCCGCACGGCGUAUGAUGCCGUUUUGCAACGUUAUCAUCUACUCCUAUCAUUAUCUUUUGGAUCCAAAAAUCGCAGAACGAGUCUCCAGGGAAUUUUCGAAGGAUUGCAUAGUGGUCUUUGACGAGGCGCAUAACAUCGACAAUGUGUGCAUAGAAUCGCUGAGUAUCGACAUCACGGAGGAUUCGCUGCGAAAGGCCACAAGAGGUGCAAAUAACUUGGAACGGAAAAUUACCGAGAUGAAAAGUUCCGAUGCGGAGAAGCUCCAGAACGAAUAUACCAAACUGGUGGAAGGGUUACGUGAAGCCGAACAAGCAAGGGAGGAAGACCAGUUUAUCUCAAAUCCAGUGCUUCCGGAUGACUUGCUCAAGGAAGCUGUUCCGGGUAAUAUACGUCGCGCGGAGCAUUUUGUCGCCUUCCUUAAACGAUUCAUCGAAUAUCUCAAAACCCGGAUGAAAGUCACCCACACCAUAUCCGAAACACCCCCGUCCUUUCUCACUCAUGUCAAAGACUUGACUUAUAUUGAACGAAAACCGUUACGAUUUUGUGCUGAGCGCCUCACCUCCCUGGUGCGAACUUUGGAACUCAUCAACAUAGAGGAUUACCAGCCGCUGCAAGAAGUGGCGACGUUUGCGACCCUCGUUGCAACAUACGACAAAGGUUUCCUCCUCAUCUUGGAGCCUUUCGAAUCGGAGGCAGCAACCGUGCCGAACCCCAUAUUGCAUUUCACCUGCUUGGAUGCAGCUAUUGCCAUCAAGCCUGUGUUCGACCGCUUCAGCUCAGUUAUCAUCACGUCCGGAACAUUAUCGCCUCUCGAGAUGUACCCCAAAAUGCUUGGGUUCACGACUGUCAUGCAGGAGUCGUAUAGUAUGACACUGGCGCGGCGAUCUUUCCUCCCCAUGAUUGUCACCCGUGGAUCAGAUCAAGCGCAGAUCUCAUCCUCGUUUCAAAUCCGAAACGACCCUGGUGUGGUGAGGAACUACGGAAACAUCGUUCUGGAAUUCUCGCGCAUUACGCCGGAUGGAGUUGUCGUUUUCUUCCCUUCCUAUCUCUACAUGGAGUCGAUUAUUAGCAUGUGGCAAGGCAUGGGAAUCUUGGACUCGAUAUGGAACUAUAAGUUGAUUCUAGUCGAGACACCCGAUGCGCAAGAGUCUUCUCUGGCGUUGGAGACCUACCGAACGGCGUGUUGCAACGGACGGGGCGCCAUUCUGUUCUGUGUCGCUCGAGGAAAGGUCUCCGAGGGUAUCGAUUUCGAUCAUCACUACGGUCGCGCCGUGUUAUGUAUCGGUGUCCCAUUCCAGUAUACGGAAUCCCGUAUAUUGAAGGCACGGUUGGAGUUUCUCCGAGAGAAUUAUCGCAUCCGCGAAAACGACUUUCUCUCUUUCGAUGCUAUGAGACACGCCGCUCAGUGUCUAGGUCGUGUCCUGCGUGGAAAGGAUGACUACGGAGUCAUGGUUCUCGCUGACCGCCGGUUCCAGAAGAAACGCUCCCAGCUCCCGAAAUGGAUCUCGCAGGCCAUGCUGGAGAGUGAGACGAAUCUCAGUACAGAUAUGGCGGUGGCGACAGCAAAGAACUUCUUGCGUACUAUGGCUCAACCGUUCAAAGCUAAAGACCAGGAGGGUAUCUCAACUUGGAGCUUGGCUGAUCUGGAGCGCCACCGUGAGAAACAGAAGGUAGAGGAAGAAAGAGCCCGGCGAGAAGCUCUCGCUAAUGGCCAUGGAACCAAUGGACAUGCGGCGGUUGCAGAUGAAUUUGACGACGACAUUGAUGAAGAUCUCAUGAUGCUCGAUGCACAGUGA